AUACACUUAAGAGGAAAACAUAUUUACAUAGUAUCUAAUAAAACGGUACAAUGCGUCGAUUUUCACACUUACGAACAGUUCAAGACAACACCGUUAUCUGCUGCUAGCUAUUAUUUUGCACAAAUAAUCAAAUAAAUACCUUUAUAUAUUAUAAUGUAUAGUUAAUAACCACACAGAAUGGGGAGUAUGUUGCUGUCAGUGGGCAGCGAGGCCUCCUGCUCAUCCCCGCCCCCAUUGCAAUGUUGACCAAAAACCAGCAUGAACAUUCACUCAACUUAUUAGCACACACAAAACUAUAGCCUCUGACUCCCAUCUUUAGUGCGAAAAAACUCCAACACAGCACUUACUGACCGGGAUAAAGAGUUGGACAAGGAGUUGAAGGGAUGUCUAAAAGUGAGACAGAGGAGAUGAUUGAAAUUGAGAUUGAUGGUCGGGAGAAACAGGAGUGUCUAGAGGAAGGGAUUGAGGAGCAAACCAUCACAGCAGCUGAAUUGAUUACCCAGGAUAUUGACAUCAAUGAGCCGAUCGGUAACCUGAAGAAGUUACUGGAGCCUCGUCUUCAGGUCCCGCUGGAUGGAUAUGACAUUUGUCUGCAGGACAUCCUAUUGCAUCCUGAUCACAGCCUGUUCGAUCAAGGAGUGAAGACAGAUGGCACAGUACAGCUCAGCGUGCAGAUUGUCACAAAACAGGGUGAAGAGAAAUUGAAUAUUUUGGAGAUUGUGAAGCCAGUGGAGACCGUGGAGGUGGUGAUUGAUCCAGACGCAGCUGCUGGCGAGGAAGCUCAUCUGGUGGAGGAUGGACAUGUGAUUGCGGUGGAGCGAGGCUCCAUUCCUGAUGAGACUUCAGAGCAGGUGACACGCUGGGCGGCUGCACUGGAAGGGUACCGCAAGGAGCAGGUUCGACUGAACAUUCCCUAUGACCCGGUGCAGUGGACAGCAGAUCAGGUGAUCCACUGGGCAGUUUGGGUUAUGAAAGAGUUCGGCAUUGAGGAGAUGGAGGUGGGUGGCAUACACAUCGGUCGCCAGCUCUGUGGUUUUAGUCAGGAGGAGUUUCUUCAAAGAGUGCCCAGCGGAGAAAUCCUGUGGAGCCACUUGGAGCUUUUACGCAAGUAUGUACUUGCCAGUCAGGAUCAGGGUCAGGAAGCAACAGUCACCAUUGAUCAACCUGUGCAGAUCAUUCCUGCCCCUGUGCAGCAGGCCACACCCACAGCCAUUAAGGUGAUGAAGCACAACAAAACACCCCGAGCCCGAUCUCAGGAGAGGAGCGCAGCUCCUGGCAACCGCACAGGUAACAAUGGUCAGAUUCAGCUGUGGCAGUUUCUCCUGGAGCUGCUGACGGAUAAGGACUCUCGGGACUGCAUUUCCUGGGUCGGAGAGGAGGGCGAGUUCAAACUCAAUCAGCCUGAGCUGGUAGCUCAGAAAUGGGGCCAGCGCAAGAACAAGCCCACCAUGAACUAUGAGAAGCUAAGCAGAGCUCUCAGGUACUACUACGACGGAGACAUGAUCAGCAAAGUGCAGGGCAAGCGCUUUGUCUACAAAUUUGUGUGCGACCUGAGGACUCUGAUCGGAUACAGCGCUGCAGAGCUCAACAGCCUGGUGACGGAGUGUGAACAGAAGAAACUGGCCCGGGUGCAGCUGCACGGCCUCGGCCAGCCCGUCAACACAGUCACGCUGGCCACCGCCACAGGCCAGCCCGUUACCACAGUCACCCUGGCCGCAGCAGCUUUAGAGAAAGACAGUUGAGGAGGAGUGGC